GGCGACUCCAAAGUGCUUUCAAAAUGAAAUUUGACAAUGUCCUCUCAGAAAUCAAUGGAUUCGGAAAAUUCCAAACAAUGAUCGUCCUGAUUCAGAGCCUCUCUCGCAUGACCCUGCCAUGUCACUUCUUACUGAAUAACUUCAUAGCUGCUGUGCCCUCUCACCACUGUGACCUCAGCGCUCUGGAUGAUGAGGGUGUCUUUGGGAAUCUGACCCAGGAGCAGAGACUGACUGUCAGUAUUCCAGUACAGGAAGAUGGGACUCCAAGCUCCUGCAAGAUGUUCCCAGAACCCCAGUUCCACCUCCUGUCCAACUCCAAUGACAGUGACCUAGCUACAGUCCCCUGUCAGAAUGGAUGGGUAUAUGACAACAGCACCUUCAAAUCCACUCUGGCUACAGAGUGGGACCUUGUAUGCGAUAGAAAAGGGAUGAACAAAGCGACAGCCACCAUUUUCUUCAUUGGAGUAAUGUGUGGGGCUCCUUUAUUUGGUUUCCUCAGUGACAGAUUCGGCCGGAGGGCAAUGCUGAUGGUGGCUUACCUCGCAACUAUGGUGCUUGCUUUUACCAGUGCCUUCUCCACCUCCUAUGUCAUGUUUUGUAUCCUGAGAUUUUUCACCGGAGUGACACUAUCUGGAAUAAGCAUAAUCUCCAUUGUACUCAGUGUGGAAUGGUUUGACAUUCAACACAGGACAUUUGCUGGAGUGAUAGUAAGCCUGGAUUGGACAGGUGGAAACAUGCUGCUAGCUAGCAUUGCAUACUUUGCGAACGACUGGAGGUGGCUGACCAUAGCAGUUACCUCACCUCUUGUCUUGGCUGUCAUUACCUGGUGGUGGCUUCCAGAGUCUGCUAGGUGGCUCUUAGCGAAUGGAGAAAAAGAAAAAGCCCAUUUCUACCUGGAGAAAUGUGCCAAGAUGAACAACAGAUCCAAGUGUAUGGCUGAGAUCACACCACAGACCCUUACGAAUGCAGUAAGAGUUAAAGAUGAGGAGAAGAAGUACGGUUUUGUGGACCUUGUGAGAACUCCAAAUAUAAGGAAACUUGCCAUUUGCACAGGAAUACUAUGGUAUGGAGUUGCGUUUACAUAUUACGGCAUCAGCUUGAACAUCACUGGGUUUGGCAUGAAUGUCUACUUCACACAGUUUAUAUAUGCUGCCAUCGAGUUGCCUGGAAAGAUUAUGGUCUAUUAUUUCUUGAACAAGUUCGGCCGAAAACCUGGACAGGUUGGGACACUGCUUUUGACUGGAAUCUGUGUCUUCAUCAACAUAUUUGUUCCUCAAGGUUUGUGGGUGUUUCGUACCAUCGUGGGUCUUUUUGGGAAAGGCCUGUCCGAAGCAUCCUUCACAAUAAUGUUCCUUUAUACCACUGAGCUCUACCCAACAGUAGUUCGGCAGAACGGCGUUGGCUACACCUCUUUUGUGGGUCGGCUCGGCGUGUCCAUCGCUCCCCUCAUCGCCCUAUUGGACGUUGUGUGGGAGCUCCUCCCUGCUGUGAUAUAUGCCUUGGUGGCUGUUGGUACCGGACUAGUGGCUUUGCUCCUCCCAGAAACACUCAAUGUUCGCCUGCCAGAGUUCAUUGAGGACAUAGAAAAACCAAGAGCGGAACUGGAUGGAGAGAGUGGCAAUCCACUGAAGCAAGCUGAUGAAAACAAGAAUGGAGAUGGAACAGUUGAGGUUACAUGA